GUUUGGCAGUCUCUUUCCGAUGACCAACUCGACGCCUACGCUUGUAGUAAGUGCUGCUCUGGAUAGCACGUCUCUGUUCAAGGGAUCUGCCAUUGGUGCGAGCGCUACUGUUGCUGGCUUAGCAGCGUUAUUGAUUGCCAGUCAGGCUCUGAGCUCACUCUCCACAGACAUCAAAGAGACAAUGACGAAGAACAUACUUUUUUCUCUGUACAACGGUGAGUCUUACGGGUACAUUGGAUCGUCACGCUUCGUGACGGAGUUGCGCGAAGGACGAUUGCCGGUCACAAUGCAGAACAGUAGCUUAUCGUUUGCGGAUGUCGAGGCGGUGAUUGAAGUAGGACAUCUGGGUAGUCGUGGUCGUGAUCCAAACGCCCCCACGCCGUUGUAUGUGCAUCGCGAUCCCACGCCCCAAAGCGAGCAGACAACCGAUGCUAUGAUUGAGGCACUUGAAGAAAAAUCCGAUGAUGGGAGGGAAGUGGAACUAGCGACGGCUGCACAUCUGUUGCCACCAGGUUCACUACAUUCGUGGUUGCGUUGGGGUGAUAGGCAUCUGCCCCAUGUGCACAUUGCAGACCACAACUCCGAUGGAUUUACCAACGACUACUACGGAAGCUUUCUGGACGAUGCGAAAAAUUUGGGUGUGUACGAUCUUCUUGCUAUGCAGCAUCUCUGUUCUGCGUCGACUGUACUGGCGAGAUCUUUGUACCUAAUCGCUGGAGGUACUGAACAUUUAGCUACCACCAUCAAUGCGGACUGUACCGCACUCAAAGGCCUAGUGACAUCUCUAACCGUGUCUAUGGAUUCGGAGUACGUACGUGAUAUCACGAAUGGCACUGAAUGCGCCGCAAGGGGGUAUCCAGGGUCGGCAGAUAAUCAGCCCUUGUCAUUAUAUGUGGGCGUGGCGAAACAACGCCCGCAGUGUGGAUCUGUGGCAUAUGUCGCGUAUCUCGUACUCAUGAGAGCGCUUACGAAAACUGCCGUUCCCUCCAUCGACGAUAUGGGAAAUUGCGGUACUGAGGGUUAUAUGUGGCUGGACGGAGCGUGUUAUCACAGCACGCAAACUGCCAUGGGUAGGGCUAUAUCUCCGGCCUUUUUGUUCAACACGGAUACAGGGGCCCAUGAAAUUGUCAACAAGUCAUUCUCCAUGUGGACUGAAAGCGAAUGGAGUCCUGAUACACCAUAUACCAUGGCAUUUGUCGCAGAGUCGCCGUCGGAGAGACUGGUUGCUAUGGUCACGGGGUUGGCGACCAGUUUUCUAAGGGAAAACAAGGCUUACACAAACUUAUAUUUCUUCGAUACAGUAUCUGUGUCGUUCUCUGCGUUCAAAGGUAUGGCAUUUUGUCAACCCGAGGCCGAGAUAUAAGCACAAGUGACGACCCAUCCAUAGUCAGCUAAUCACAA